CCUCAGCGAGCAGCAGCCAGAUAAUCAAUCGCAUCGCAACUGUGCCAUCGCCCUCACCACCCGCCCGCUUGCGCACCCUCGCUCUCCCCCGUCUCUCCUUUUACGAAACUCGACUCGCCGUCACCCUCGCCCGCAAUCAUGACUCGCGCCCAGCAGACCAUCUCCCUCGCCCUCCUCGUCUCCUCCCUUUACCUCGCCCUCUUCCUCGAGCUCAUUCCUCUCCCUCCCGUUGUGCAGGAGCAGAUUGUCCCCGUACUCCCCUUCUGGGCCCUCGUCUCGUUCGGCGCAUACCUCCUCUUCCGCCUCGGACUGGGCAUCCUCACCUUCAACGACGUCCCCGAUGCUCACAAGGAGCUGAUGCAGGAGAUUGACGAGGCCAAGGUUGACUUGCGAAAGCUGGGUGUCGACGUCGACUAAACAGCACGCCUGCUACGACCGACACAGGAAUCAUGUAAUGGACAUAGAGAAAAAGAACGGAGUGUAAGAUACUACAGACACAUCCAGGCCCUAUAUCAUUUGGCCAAAUAUACUUAAUCACAGU